CAGACAGCCCGUGAUGAUGAUGAUGAUGAUGAUGAUGAUGAUGAUGAUGGAGCUCUGUCUAGUCGACAGUGCUCAUGAUGAUGCCAUCUGACACCUCCAGUGACAUUAUGCACAUUCGGCUCGCUUGACACGCGAUGUGACUGCGGACUCGAGUCAGGUAUGACUCGGAUGCUCGUAGCUAGCUAGCUUAGCCGUUAGCUUAGCCCUCAUCCACCCUGCUGCAGUCGGAGAGCUCCAGUCAGCAGGCGGCUAACAGCUCCAGCUGAUCAGCUGCAGCACCACACACAGCCCGGCGAGGAGAUGAUGAUGAUGAUGAUGAUGAUGAUGAUGAUGAUGAGGCCUUAAUGUCAGAUCGGAGACGGUGUGUGCGGUCAUCAGAUACAGAUACUGUCACCUUUGUACAGACAUGGCGUCGCAGCUCCAGGUGUUCUCCUCGCCCUCCGUGUCCUCCAGUGCCUACUCUCGUUCAAAGAGGCUCAAAGUGGAGAAUCCUGCCUGGGAUGUGUCUAACCAGCUGGGAGAUAAUGGUUACUACCAGCAGAGCCCCACCCAGGGAGCUGCACCCUCCACUUCUGGCUCUAACUUCAACCAAGUGUACAACUCCAACCAGGUGCAUCCUCCGACAGCCGGCUCCCGGGAGCAGACGGUGGUGCGGGCAGCAGACAGCACAGGUAGCGUUCGCGGACCUCCCUCCUCCUCUUCCUCAUCGUCCUCGUCCAGCCGUCGUGUCAAGGAUGCAGAGUCCUCCUCCCAGCCGUGCGACCUCUACCACAAGCAGUACAGCUUGAAGCGGAAGAGCGAGGAGGUGGACAGCAGCGACAGCGUUCAGAUACUGGAGGAGCUCUCGGCCCCCGUCGUCUCGAACCGUACCGGUGGUGGAGGGGGAACCACCACCGCUCAGUCCAUAGCACAUUCCACUUCUACCACAAAGAGCAGCAACUCCCACAGCGAGGGCGACUACCAGCUGGUCCAACAUGAGAUUCUGUGCUCGAUGUCCAACAGCUACGAGGUGCUCGAGUUCCUGGGACGCGGCACCUUUGGUCAGGUGGCCAAAUGCUGGAAGCGGGGCACAAAUGAGAUAGUGGCGAUCAAGAUCUUGAAGAACCAUCCCUCUUAUGCUCGACAAGGUCAAAUUGAAGUGAGCAUCCUCAGCAGGCUGAGCACAGAGAACGCUGAUGAGUUCAACUUUGUCCGCUCGUACGAGUGCUUCCAGCACAAGAACCACACGUGCCUUGUGUUUGAGAUGCUGGAGCAGAACCUUUACGACUUCCUGAAGCACAGCAAGUUCAGCCCUCUGCUGCUCAAGUGCAUUCGGCCCAUUCUGCAGCAGGUGGCCACGGCGCUGAUGAAGCUGAAGAGCCUGGGGCUGAUCCACGCCGACCUGAAGCCUGAGAACAUCAUGUUAGUGGACCCUCUGAGGCAGCCGUACAGAGUCAAAGUCAUUGAUUUCGGCUCGGCCAGCCACGUGUCCAAAGCGGUCUGCUCCACCUACCUGCAGUCGCGAUACUACAGAGCUCCGGAGAUCAUCCUGGGCCUUCCUUUCUGUGAAGCGAUCGACAUGUGGUCGUUAGGAUGUGUCAUCGCUGAGCUGUUCUUGGGAUGGCCUCUUUACCCUGGCGCCUCAGAGUAUGAUCAGAUUCGUUACAUUUCCCAGACACAGGGCCUUCCUGCAGAGUACCUGCUGAGUGCAGGAACCAAGACCAGCCGCUUCUUUAACAGAGGCCCCGACUCCAGCUACCCCCUCUGGAGACUCAAAACUCCUGCAGAGCACGAGGCGGAGAUGGGCAUCAAGUCAAAGGAGGCACGGAAAUACAUCUUCAACUGUCUGGAUGAUAUGAUGCAGGUGAACAUGACAAACCUGGAGGGGACUGACAUCUUAGCAGAGAAGGCUGACAGGCGGGAGUUCAUAGACCUGCUGAAGAAGAUGCUGACGUUGGACGCAGACAAACGAAUCACGCCCAUGAAGACGCUGAACCAUCCCUUUGUUACCAUGACACACCUGCUGCACUUUCCUCACAGCUCACACGUGAAGUCCUGCUUCCAAAAUAUGGAUAUAUGCAAACGCAGAUGCAGCGCCUUUGAGAAUGGAAAAAAUAUGUUUGCCAGCAGCAAUACCCCGAGUGCAGCCACCAACCUCACUGUCACAUUCAGUAGCCAACUAAACCAGCACAACCAGAUGGCCUCUACAGGAGGCCAGUCCCUGUCCCUCAGCAGUAACGUCCCGUUGCUGAACUACCAACCCGGCCUCUACCAGCAGGCCACCAUAAACAUCCCCGGCCUGACCCAGCAGGGCGUGCCGCUGCAGACCAGACCCACCCAGCUCUGCGCCCAGACCGAGCCCUUCCAGCAAACACUCAUAGUUUGCCCUCCCACCAUCCAGGGUCUUCAAACAUCCAGUAAGCCCUCUGGUUAUCCAGUGAGGAUGGACAACUCUGUUCCCUUAGUUCCUCAGAACCAGUCGUCCCAGUCUCUUCACAUCCAGCCCGGCAUGCUAGCACAGGCCUCCCUCGACCCCCUGCUGGUCGGCAGCCUGUGCGCCUCAGUGGCGGGAAUGCCGCCUCUAGGUUCGGUGCGGCUGCCAGUUGGCUGCAGGGGCGCAAGCCUCGGCGGCUUACUGGAUCAGAAUGCCUCCGUGCUGCAGGGCUGGCCAGCAGGCACACAGCAGAUCCUCAUCCCCUCGACAUGGCAGCAGAUGCCAGGCAUGGCCAUCCACAACCCUGGACAGGCCGUGGUGCCCGACUCACCCAUGGGAGCCCCGAUCUCCGACAGUCAACAAGCUUCUGGCUGGAGGGGUCGUCAUGGAAGCCAAUACGAUGGAGUCAGCCAGCAGGACUCUGGUGUUGGCCGUCACGCUGCCUCCCAGAGCCACAACUCAGGGGCCGCUCACUCCAGAUCCCAACAGGGCAAGAGGUCAAAGGCUCGACAUGCAGAGAGCAGAGCCAGGCCCGUGUCAUCGGCCACCACUGUGGUGCACAACACUUCUGCUUUUGCUGGUGACCAGUCUCAGCCCAUCGUCAUCUCGGACACACCGAGCCCUGCCGUCAGCAUCAUCACCAUCCACAGCGACUCCGAAGACGAGGAUGACAGGAAGUUCCCGGCUGCCUGCUCUGGAACAAGCCAGAGGACCAACGUGAUCAGCUGUGUGACAGUGCACGACUCCCAUGACUCAGACUCCUCCACCAGCAGCCCCCUGAGUCCCAAGACCACCUCACAGCCCACCAAGUCUCUGGCCAUCAUCAUGCCAUCUGUGAAGAGCCAGCCGGGGGAGAGCACAACCCACAAAGCUCCAGCAGCUCCAGAUCAAGCUACAAGUGGCUCUGGAAAAUCCAAGAAGGCGUCGACUCAGCAGUCCAGUCGGGCGGCAGAUUCCAACACUGAUCGCCAUCAACGGGCCACGUCCAGCAGAUCUCAGCCUCUGAACUUGAGUCAGGUACAGCAGUCUGUGAUGUCAUCAUCCCAUGACCAAACAGGAAGCAGUAGUUCUCUGAGGCGGCAGCCCACAUACCCCCCUCCUGUCUCAUCCCACUCCUCUUACCGGCUUCACGAGAACACCCUCUUCAGCUCAACCCCGAAUCUAUACGCCUACCCGGCCUCCGCCGCCCUGGCCUCUGUGUCCCAAGCUGUGGACCAGAUGCAAGGCGGCUCGUCCCGCCACGGCAGGGCGAGCGGAGCUUACUCUUCCCUGGCACUGCUCCAGAAGAAUGGCAGCCUGGCCCUGGGAGGCUCUGCUCCAGGACAGUACGGCAACCACCACCAACAGCAGCAGCAGCAGCAGCAGCUGGGAGGGCAGCCUUUUCACCACGCCAGUGCUACUUACCAGCGAAAACUCAACCAGUAUCCCUACCUGUAAAGACUGAAGGGCUGCAUGGAGACCAAAUGGAGACCGAGACUAGAGACGAGCACAAGCUCAUCACGGGUGGCUGUGAUCAGACUUUUAACUUUCCUUUACUUUCCAGUCCUUGUUUUUACAACUUCCUGUGAUUAUUGUGGAUAAAAUAAUCAUAGAACAUAUUUAUAGUUUCAUCCCGGUGCGUUUCUUUUUUAAUCUUCACCUAAUUUUGAGUUUCUUUGUGUCGCGUCUGGCAGCGACAAACAGUGCAGUCUGUAAGUAUCUGAACAGUGACACAUUUAUUGUUGUGUUGGCUCCGUGCUCCAGUAUGUUAGAUUUUUAAAAUGACACAAAAAGUAUGUGGUUUAAUUUGAGGGCGUUUACUUCCACAUAAGGUGAAAGAGUAGGAAUUACACACUCUUCGAAAUAAGGGUUCCACUUGGUCUCUUCUUGAAGGGCUGAGGUGCUACCCAGAACCAUUUUCUUACGAAGAACCCUUGUAUGACUAGGGGUUCAAUUAACAAGAAAAAACAUAAGGGCUUAUUUACGCUCAAUGGUGAUAGGAAGACAGAGACGGACGGAGCCUUCUGUCUGUACUCUGCGCUCAUUUUGUCAAGCUUACGGAUACGGACGAAGUAGAGCAGAACCACAGCAGAUCGUGAAGGCAGUGUAGCAUAGUUCAAGCCAAAUAUGAUUGUAGGAGACAAUAAAGACAUUUACGUAACAGCGGAACAGAACAAAUAAGUCAUGUAUAAUAAUAUAUGGUGAAAAUAUAGACAAGAAUUUUCCGUCCACGUUGGGAUGUAUAUAUAAUGGCCGCACAGACCACAGACCUCCAUUUAAAGGGUCAUUAUUUCAACCUCCUCCACCGUAGCCUUGUUUGUUGUCGUGUGAAACUUUUGACUCUUUUGCCGUGUAGUGCCAUCUAUUAGCUGUUCCUAUGUCAUCAUGAAGGACACAUGGCAGUACGUGGACAGUGACAUUUACAAUAUUUGAAACAGAUGUUUCUUUUUUCAUGCAUAAUGGGAGUAUGAAUGAGCCUUAAGUGUUGUAGGUGCUGGACCACAUUGGCUCCGGCCCUUUAGGAGCCUCGUGAAGCCCGAGGCUGCUGGACGUGGUUCCUUUGGCCCCAGGCUAACCUGGUAAACUAAAAUCAUGAUAAGUGGGAGAGAGAUCUAUGGAUAAUUUAUCCAGUUAUUAUUUUAGAGCAAACACUAGUCGGCAGUGGGGUUUCUAUGAAGUGCUGUAAGGUUUAGUUGCUUCAAAACACACAUUAAACACACAUUAAACAUGGCUUAAUAGCAACAAUUUCAAACACAAGUACACGAAUCAGCUUCACUAUAACUGUAGAGGCAGAUAAUGUAUCAUUUUAUACCGAAGGUGAAAAAAUAAGGUCUGUUACACAAGGUUUAGGAAGCAACUGGUCAAAUAUCAGAUUUGGCAACAAAAAGGUCCCAUAAGAGGUGUUUUGAAAAUUUGAGUAGUUUGUGCGUACGUCAAGCCUUGGGAGGUCAAAUGAGGGAGAACGUUCUGGGUUAGGGUGACCUGACCGUUGGAACAGAUGUGCCAAGUUUCACAAUAGGAACGGUUGCUUUUGCCAGAGAGACAAAGAAGACAGGAAAUAUUGGCGCGUGAAGUCCAGCUUUAGGAACAAACAAGGGAAAUCAGGAGAACUUUAGAUUUCCAGGAAAUACGACCCAAGCGUGUUCACACACGCAUACACACACAUGCACAUGAACAAGCAGACACCCCUUAUAAAAGCAUUUGAAGGGUGAUUGUUCCGGGCUGUUUCCAUCUGUUUUGCUGUGUAGACUAGUAUACUGUUGUAAUCUGAGUUCUGCGAUUCAAGUAACCCCGUUGGCUGUAACUUUUCUCCGUGGUUCUCCGAGUCUCGUCAUUUCAGUGUUUGCUGAAGUUGAGCAUUUUCCUUACAUAACUCGCAGCAUUCACAGACAAACACUUGUCUUUAUCUGGACACAUUUCCCCCACAAAUACAAAAUGCUAACGUUAUUAGCGUAAGCCUAAGGCAUUUUACAUUGUAUAAAUUAGCCUAGCAGCUAGCAGAUUUUUUGUCUACUCAUAUGAAGCCAGGGACAACAGCAACAUUUAACAAAGGUAAAGUUACAAAAUUCAGCUCCAUUACAACUCACAAGGUUCACUGACAAAACAACUGUCUUAUACUAAACCUGUUUUCCAAACAAAUACAACAUGCUAACGUUAUUAGCACAAGCCUAUGGCAUUUUACAUUGUAUAAAUUAGCCUAGCGACUACCAGACUUUUCCUCUACUCACAUGAAGCCAGGGACAACAGCAACAUUUAACAAAGGAAACAUUACAAAAUUCUGAUAACGUUAUUAGCACAAGCCUAUAGUGUUUUACAGUAUAGAUUAGCCUAGCAACUAGCAGAGAUUUCCUCUGCUCAUAUGAAGCCAGGAUAAAUCACACACAAGACUUAAAAUGCUAUUUUGAGGGAAAUGGUUUCAGCUUACAAUAACAGUGGCAGGAGGUCUGCGUCACCACGUCUAGUUACAUUUCUGGGAUGGUGCAGGCUAGGCUGGGGAGGCCUUCGGUCAGGCUAGGACGUAGGUUACGGCGUAGGCUUUGCAUUGACGCCAUAGAAGGGUUCAAUGUGGGGUUUCAGGGUGGAAACUUUCACAGGUGGAACCCUUUGAAAGGGUUCCUUAUAAAGGGUCCUACCAGGAACCAGCACAGGUUCUCCUCUGGCUACCAGCCGAAGAACCCUAUGUGGUUCUCGUUAGCACAGUUAUCUCAAAGAGUGUUGCCGUUUUUGAACGCGGUCCUUGAAUUCAAAGGGACCAGACAUAGAGCUGAAAAUACAACUGAUACGAACAAACUGCACUGCUAUCGUCAUUUUUAACAUGUUGAGCCCAAAAUUUUUAUUUUAUUUGAGAGGCGAGUAAAACUGGAACUUGACUAACUGUUAUGCUGCUCUCUAUUAAUAUUAUUACUGAUAUCAUCAUCAUCAGAGCCAUCAAAUAAUUGUUUAAAAGUUGCAUUUACAUAAAAAAUAUCGCCUUAUUUACGUCAGUUUUUUUCAUUUUAAACUUUGAUGUGUUAGCACAUUGUGAUAGGUGUUGUAUGUUUCAUUUAUGAACGUACUGUGUGUGUGGGUGUGUGGGCGUGUGUGUGUGUGUGUGUGUUAUAUCUGUACUCUAAAGAAAAUGGAGAAGGUAAGCUACGUACUGUAUAAUGAUGUGUCACUGUGUUUUUCACGUUGAUUCUGUUUUAGUGCUGGCCAUUGACUCGAUUAUAUUUAUAUGUUUAGUAUGUUGAACGAUGCAGUACAUUCAAGCGUAGGUGUGGUAUUUAAAGGGGACUGUCAUGUUUUUUACAGUUUUAAAGUUAUUCUUAAGGUUGCAUGUGUCUGACAUGGGAUAGCAUUCAGGAGAGGUUUGUUAAAAACCGCAGCCGCACGGAUUCUCAGUGUCGCUGGCAGACGGAUUAUUAAUGUUACGUUCAAAACACAUUAAUGAUAUCGGGGAAAAUGUAAAAGCUCUUGUCUUGUGAAGUGGUGUCUGUGAAGUAAAAGCGUGCACAUAAAAAUCUGAUUGGGUAUCACACUAUCAUGUCAAAGUCAAAGCCAUUUAGAUUGUAAAAUUCACAGUAACGCGUUGUGAAUAAUCAAAUCUGACAAAAGAUGAUUUAUAAAAAAAACAUGAAUUGAUGUUCAGUAUGUAACUGCUUCUAAACAAAUCAUUGGUUUGGUGAAAUGAUGGUUGUUCUUACAAUCCUGCUGUGUCGUGAAGUGCUACAUUACAUAGAACACACAAUGAACCUUAACCCGUAUAUACGCAAUAAAAUCUUCUCAA